GCCCACAAGUACUGAUAAAGCAUUUAUCUACACCUUACUUGGGUUUCCUGCUGUUUGCCAGGAACUGCCAUGCCGGCAACUUCGAGCUCGGCUGACCCACUCGCGAAGCGCAGAAACAGCUUCAACGGUCAGCUACCAGCUGGGACACUGCCAACUCUUCCUGCACGCCUGGGACCCUCUGGGUCUGGGGCACCUCCAUUGUUGUCAAACCGCGGCGACCGAAGUGGGGAUGGACCGUCCUCCAGCAGCUUCCUUCCGACGCUUCAUCAUGCUGCCACAUCCGCAUCUCUUGUAUCGUCAUCUGCCCAACCCUCAAAACUGCCAGACCUUGGUGGUGUUGCAGCGCAAACACAAAAUUCUCUAGCAGCGACGAACGACCUGCUCGAGCGGAUGAAGAAGAACGCCAUGGAAAAGGCACAGCAAAUAAAGGAGGCACGCUCACAGUCGGUGCCCCGUUCGGUGGGCUCCGGGCGAAUCCGUGAGGGCCGACCGCCGCCGCUGCCCAUCCGAAAGCCGGAGCGCGUGGAUUCGGAAGAGCUGAACAAAAACGUGGCUGCCAAGCUGCAGCCGCUGGAGGCGGUGACCAAGUCCAUUUUGGCGGGGGUGGAGGAACGCAAGCCCAGCGGCACGCCGCUGCACAAGGCCACCUGCAAGGACUUCACGGUGGGCCGCGCCAGCUGCUCCGCCUCCUCGGUGGUGACGCUGUUCCCCGACCGCCUGGAGUACAAGUUCAGCCACAGCAGCCAGGGGCGCAUAGACAUGAUCAUGUAUGCCAAGGACAUGGUGUCGCCGGAGCUGGACGCGCGCACCCUGGUGCUCAAGUUCCGGGUGGGCAAGCCCCUGAGGCACUUCAUUGAUGCGUACGACUGCACGGACCCCUCCCACACGCUGCAGCUGACAUUCCACGACAAGGCCGACGCCGCGGCGUUUGCGCAGUGGCUGCCGGGCAGCUGCAAGGUGGCGCUGCAGGUGGUGGGCGGCAGCCUGUGAGGCAGGGGCGGCGGAGCGACGGCGACGCCAGGCAACAGAUAGCAAUUAAGCGGCGCGACGAGGGGAAAUGCAGGUGUUUACGUGUUGGUGGCGGGAGAGCAAGGGAGGUGUGAAGGGUAAUAUCGAAAAGAAAGGAGGCCUAUUGCGUGCGUAGAGCACUGGAGCAGCAGCGCUGCUGCGAUGGCGCGGUGCACAACAUGAAUUGCGCGGCUAGCUGCACAACGCGUACAGCACUCUCAGCAGAGCCUCUGCAGCUGGAGAGCGCUUGGGCGCCGCGCCGCGGGCUGCAACAAGCGCAAAGGCUGCGCGGCGACAACAUGCCCGCAACCAAGCAGAGCCGCGAACAGGUGAG